UUAUGUUUUAGAAGAAGUAUCUAAUGCUCGCCAAGGUUGCAUUUAUUUUCAUCACCAAAACGGUAAUACGUUUUUGGAAAAAUAUACUAUACCCCAUUAAAGCAAGAGCACACUGCAGCUUCCGCUUGACCAAAAACGUGGUUUUCCUGAACAACUGCUGGAACCUUAACCAGAUCAUUUGUAAUUAGAAAUAUGCUAGUAUUUGUUAGAAGUGGGUCUGAAUGAUUGGAUUGUUUCUCUCACCUGGCUGAGGUCUUCCAGCAGGAUUUUGAGUGCACUUCGACUGACAGAGCCCCUGUCACUCUCCUGAUUGCCACCGUAGCUCUCAGCCAGUCGGAACAGAGCUGCAAAAGAGACAAACACAGACAAUCUAACAACCUAGCAACAUUAUUUCAUCCUGAAAGAUAGAUUUAAUCUGAAGAGGAGGUGAAGUGAAUGUGGAACAGACCUCUCUGUUUAGCUGAGAGAGUGUCUCCACAGAGGGCGAUCAGCGCGGCCUCCACCGACCGGAGCAGAAUAACACCAGUUUGCUCUCUAAAAGAAAGCAGAAAGUUUGAAGUGCACAUGCAUAAACACAAAAACAGACUAUACAAUGUCGAAUCAAUAGAGUUAUCUUUCACCUGUCAAACAGUUUAAAGAGAAGCCUGGUGGUUUGAUCUGUGGCUUCAGGGACCAUCUCAUCAGGAAAUUCAUGUGAAAUGCUCUGGAAUAGAUCUUCUAGAUACUGCUGUACAUCUUCUUGAGCAAGACUAAUCACUGGUCCCCCAGAACUGCUUAAAGUAUUUAGCACUGGGCGCAAAUCCUGCAGUGACACCAGAUGCACUGGAGAUUGAAAUGAAAGACUCACUAUGAGAUGAAAAUGGCAGGUGGGUGAGAUAUAUAAUAUAAUACUAAUGCACCCAGUUGUAUUUCACAUAAAUUAAACAUGGAAAAACUCACUCUGACAUAGUUUUUGUAACGUGCGAAGCUUUAGAGCAGCUCGAUACACUGCGGAACGAACUUCAUUUGGACCUUUUAUGGGAGAAAUAAAUGACACAUGAAAAGACCUCAAAAGAGAAGACUAACAAUAAUAGCAUUCAGUGCAAAACACAACUUGUUACAAUAAACUGAUGGGAUCUACUUUGAUAAUUGUAGGCUAUUUAAAAAAAUAAAAAUAUAGUUGCGUUGAUCUGAAAUUGUGCUAAUUUCAUUGUGAACACACACUCAAUUAAUAUAUAGCCUAUCUUAUUAUCUACAAGCCCUCUCCAGGAGCUACUUUAUACACAAACAUUAAUUGCCAUUUUCAAUCUUUUAUUAAUGCAAAGAGGGAUCAAACUUACCAGUGUUAUCCAAAUCCAUAACAGUCCACUGCUCAUUAAGCCACUAGUUUAUUUCUAGACAACUGGGAAAAUAAAAAAGUAGUACACUUUUAUUUACAUUUUAGAGUUAUUGUAGGCCAAAUGCUUUUUAUUACACUUUCAUUUACAUUUUGUUGUAAAUACUGUUUAUAAUUCCUAUAAAUAAAGUAUUUUUAUAUAUAUAUUUUUUAAGUUAAAUUAUUACUCUUUCAUUGACUAUUUACAGCGGUCGAGCGAAUAGAAGACUUGGCAACCUUGACUAUCUGGCAACCCCACAGUUAUUGAUCUAGGCGCGGUCACUCGAUUUUCGAGGGAAAACAUCAUCUGAUAAAACGUUCUUCAGUGCAGAUUUUAAACUAUGUGCGAAAAAGAAUCAUUUAACAGAAUUCUCCAAAAUAAAACUUUCCUCUUGGAGGCUUUAUCUGAAGAUCCCGAUAUCAUCUUGCAGCAUGUGCAGGAGGCUGAACUUAUUACACUCCGUGACUACAGGAACCUCUCAGAUAUUAAAAAAAGAGAGGAGAAAGUCAUCAAACUACUUGACAAAAUCAUGGGAAGGGGGGAGGAAACUUGUCACCAGUUCAUAGACCUUUUAAGACAGGACUUGAUAUUGGAAAUGUAUCCAAAAUUAAAGGUUCAUGCCGUUACUGCUCUUCCAGCCAUGCCACACACCUUUCCAGUGCAGGAGGUCUCUCAAUACAAAAUAGAACAAAUUCCACGUGGUAUCUGUGUAAUCAUCAAUAAUGUGGAUUUUGCAACAAUGGAUGUAAGAAGGGGAUCAGAUGAGGACCAAAAGUGUCUUGCCGAAGUAUUCCGCUGGCUGGGGUUUGUGGUGGAGGAGCACAGAAAUAAAACUGCAGCUGAGAUGAAGUAUCUCCUCAAGGAGGUGGGGAAGACAGUACAUGGAGACUGCUUUGUGUGCUGCAUCCUCUCCCAUGGCAUAGAGAAAGGAGUCUGUGGAACCGAUGGUGCUGUUAUUUCUGUCGAUGAAAUACGAGAGCCUUUCAAUGGCAAUAACUGCCAGAGGCUAGCUGGCAAGCCCAAGCUGUUCUUCAUACAAGCAUGUCGUGGGAAAAGAAAUCAGCAACCUGUGCAAGUCCAAGCGGAUGCUCCAGAUGAUGGAGAGUCAGAGAUGGAGGAGGAUGGUGAUAAUUUUGAUAUCACAAUCCCGGUUGACACGGAUUUCCUUAUUGCCAGGUCAACCAUUGAUGGUCAUCUUUCUUAUAGAAGCCCAAAAGGGGGCUCCUGGUUUAUUCAGUCACUCUGCCGAAAUCUACAGGAGCUUUGUCCAAUGGCUACAGACAUCCAGACCAUCCUGCUUCGUGUGAAUAAUGAGGUUAGUAGUCAGGGAUUCAGGGGCAAACAGAUGCCCGUCCAAGAAGUCGCCAUGAGGAAGAAGCUGGUCCUGCUGCCAGCGUGAACCACUGAAAGCUCCUACAGCAUACGGCAUUGCUUGAUAUGAAUUAUGUUUUAAAUAUUUAUAAUGUUCUUAAAAUUUGUUUUUAAAUCAGGAACGGCACUGGUUACUUGAAGGGAAUCAUGAGCCAUUUGAGAUAAAACAAUUUUUUAAGUUUUAUAAGUUUUAUAAGUAACUUUUUACUGCAUUUUUGCAUGUCAUUUUACUGUCAUUUUAAUCUGUAUACAAUUCAUAUACACCGAUCCAGGUAUUUUACAAUUAAAUAGUCUUUAAAUAUGGUAAUUUAAUACAUUUAGAAUAGAAUGCAUUUUGAUAUUAUAUUACUCAGUCAUCUGCAAUGCAACACAUAUGCAUAAAUAUGUAGUGUAGGAGAACAGAAAACGUAUGCAUCAAAUGUAGAUUUAACAAAAGAGCUGUUAUUACUACAAACUAGUUUGUGAGUAAUGCAUGAAUUAAGCAAGAUAACAUGAACCUAAUUCAAAUUCUCGACAUACUGUAGAUGUGUUAAGACGUGCCAUCAACUUGAAUAAUUCUGUUGUGGCAGUACUUCCUCCUCAAGAUCAGUAUUCUCCUCUUCCUGUAACUGCAAUAAUAAUCUUAUAAUUUAUGCUAAACAGUAAUAUAAGAAAAAAACUUACAAAUUAACCAUUUCUUUUUGUCAUAGUGUGCUAUUGUUAUGGUGCUUUAUCGGUGCAGUAAGACACAAACCCUGCUGGUUUUAUCCCAACUUGUUUCACAGGGAACAGUUUUCUACUGUGCACUGAAAUUACACACUAAUUGUAACAUAAAAACACAGCUUUAUCAUUCUGAAAUGGAUAUAUAUAUAUAUUAUAUAUAUAGAUAUUAUCAUAACCAAAAUGUGAAUAUUAGGACCUUUUAAAAUGUAAUUCUCGGGCAUUAGUUAGAUCUUAAAAAGGCAUGUCUAUAGUGACUACAAAUAGAGCAUUUCGCGCAUAAAGAGCGAAUGGUGCUUUUUGUGCAUUUAGCGUUUGACGCGAAUUCGCGUCUGCCGCCAGAGUUGAAAAAUUUGAACUUUGGCGUCAAUUCGCGCCGCAUUAACCAAUCAGGAGCCUGCUAGGAGUCACUCAUUCAACAGUAUGUUCCUGCAGCCUCAGGUUGUGCAGGAAUACCCUUCUCCACUCAUUCAACAAGGAGGAACGACUGAUGUGGUCAGUGAGCAGUCAACGGGAGCUAUAUGACAAAAGUUCAUAUUUCUAUAGAGACAGGAAUAAAAAGGACAUAUAUAUAUAAAAAACAUAUUAAUAGAUAAAUUGAAUAAAGGCCAAAGAUAAGAAACGUUUCAUUUUACCCCAAACAAAUUAUAUUUGAUCUUGAACCACUAAAGAGACAUCAGAGCCAGCGGCAAAUGACAGAAGAUCUAGCCGAGGUGAGGCUGCUCUCGGUGGAUACAUGAUGACGGAGCUCCCGCUGAUCGCAUGGAGCUCAUCUCCGAAAUCGGUCAAACACAUUUUUUAAAUAGACGCUGUCAUUAUAAAUAAACUGCAUAUUUGAGUUUAAAACAACUACAUUCUCGCCUGAAAUACUUUUAAAACUACAUUUCAUGACACAAUAACAGUAAUAUUUUGAAAAUUAUCUGAAUAAAAAUGGCGGUUGAAAAUUCUGCGUGAACUCAGCUGGCAGAAGCCCCCCCCCAUGACGCGAAUUCGCCUUUGUUGUGAAGUUAAUUUCACGAAUGAAACAAACUGCUCGCGCGAAUGGUCUCAAAAUGGUCAAGCGGCAAACUAGACGUGGUAGACGCGAAUUUGACACUCUAUUCGCGUUUGGUGUGAACACAGCAUGAAAGUAAACAAGAUCCUUGCAUGGACUUCCCCCCACCUAGCAGAACCAGACUGAAAUUCCUAAGGGGGGCAUUUUAACCUCUGGUCUCCACAGAAUAUCUUUAUGUCAGGGAAUGGCACUGAAACUGUCUUUUAUAGAUGAAGAUUCACCAAAAUGAACUUAAAAAGACUUAUAAAUGAAUAUCAGUCCAUUGCUUAACUCCAUAUUCAUUUAUAUGUAACCCACACAUUUGACUACCAUGUUUAUAAUCACUUACUGUGUAUGUAUUUUAAUAACUAUUAAAUUGAGAACCUCUGGCUUAAGGAUAAAUAUUCAUGUUUAGUAUGUAUUUGUUUGAAUCUGGUUGCUUGAAACGUUUCUGACCGUCAGUUAUUUGUCAAAUGUCAAAUUCUUAGCUUUUGCUAUUUGUCAUGCCUCCUUUUAAGCUUUUAGCUCUUAGCUUGCUUUUAGCUUUUAGCCUGCUUGUAGCUUUUGCUCCUAUUCAUGCUUUCAGUCAUCACUUUAAGCAUUAUUUGAGCGCCGUUCCAGUGUGCGUCGGCCUGCACGCCUUCUGCUACUUAGCCACGAUGAGAAGAAACACCACCUAGUCUCGUCAAACUUUACUUCUGUUCUUUUACUUUAGCUUAUUUUCUUUUCCAUUGAAAUUUCGUUUUAGUUUUGUUUAAAUAAACUAAUAAAGAAGGCAGGUUCUGUCGUAGGGGAGUGUGUUACCCACCUUUGAGGUGAUAAUGCAGGAUAGAAUGAUUGGGAAACUCUAUUCAAUGAUGAAUCAAGAUUGUCAUCCUUUAAAUGAAAUAGUUAGUGACUUUAUGAGUACCCACAGCUUAAGAUUGAUCCAUCCACGUUGUUACAGGGAGCGUUAUAGGAAGUCUUUUUUCCCAACGCCAAUUAGGUUGUACAGUA